CGGUGUACAAAUUUUAGUAUAAGAGCGCACAGAUCUAAAAAAGAAAAAGAGAGAAAAUGCGAGAAAUUGUGAACGUGCAGCUAGGCCAGUGCGGGAAUAACGUAGGAGGUAAGGUAGGACCGUUAACCUCCGCUAUUCUCUCGAGUUAUACUUUCAAUGUCGCGAUGAAGCGCCAUUCUACUUCCUAUCUUUCCUUGCAGUUUUGGGAAGCAAUCGCAGACGAGCACGGUCUGGCUCCCGACGGUGUCUUUUACGGCGAAUCGAGCCUCCAGUUGCAACGAAUGAACGUCUACUUCACCGAGGCACCAGGGCGCAAAUUCGUCCCCAGAUCCGUCAUGGUCGACCUCGACUCAGGAAGCUUGAACUCGUUGAUAUCGGGCCCGUUUGGCAGAUUAUUCAAGCCGGAUAACUUCGUGUGUGGACGCGCAGGUGCAGGGAACAACUGGGCCAAAGGUUACUACACCGAAGGUGCAGAGCUUGCUGACACAGCAUUGGAUCUUAUUCGUUUAGAGGCAGAGAACUGCGAUCUCAUGCAAGGUAUCCAACUACUCCACUCGCUGGGCGGUGGUACAGGUUCAGGUAUGGGCUCCCUGCUGUCGAUAAAGUUAAAAGACGAGUAUCCCGACAGAAUCCUCAAGACUUAUAGCGUGAUACCCUCGCCAAUGAUGUCAGACGUCGUGGUGGAGCCCUACAAUGCUAUACUGUCCCUUGGAAAGUUCGUGGACUAUACCAGCCAGACGUAUUGUAUGGACAAUCAGGCUCUUCAUCACAUUUGCACGCGUAUUCUGAAAAUUUCUACGCCCACGUUCGCCGACGCCAACCACUUAAUCUCUGCCUGCAUGGUUGGCAUCACCGCCUGUCUGAGAUUCCCAGGACAACUGAACACUGACCUGAGGAAGCUGCAGGUGAACAUGGUACCGUUCCCCAGACUCCACUUCUUCGUUCCUGGCUACGCGCCUCUCACGUCCAGAAGCUCUGCUCCUUACUCGAUCCUCUCCAUCCCAAUAUUAACUCAACAAUUGUUCAGUGGAAAUAACAUGCUCGCCUACUGCGAUCCAUUGAUGGGCAAGUUUAUGACCAUCGCCGCCAUCUUCAGGGGCAGGAUGUCGACCAAGCACGUAGACGAGCAGAUGUUGAACAUACGCAACAAAAAUAGUUCCUACUUCAUCGAGUGGAUUCCUAACAACAUUCAGACCGCGAUCUGCGACAUUCCUCCGCGAGGCCUGGCCAUAAGCGCCACGAUGGUAUCGAACACGACGGCGAUCCAAGAAACGAUCAAAAGGUUGAUGAACUUGUUCGACGGUAUGCUGAAGAGAAAGGCCUACCUGCACUGGUACACGGCGGAGGGAAUGGACGAGACCGAGUUCUUCGAAACUCAGGCGAGCAUACGAGAUCUAGUUUCGGAGUACCAGCAGCACCAGGAAGCCGAGGCUGAAUCCAGCUUCGAAGACGAAACACCAGAGUUCGAAGAAUGAGUAAAACUGACGUGGAAAGGUAAUAGUAUGUUUUUUUUUUAGCUUUAUUUCGCUU